AUGUUGUUCAAUACCAGAAUUUUGAUUGCAGGUAUUCCAUUUGCUGAAAGUGAAGGUACUAUAGUGUAUACUGAUGGUGCUUGUUUUAAUAAUGGUCAGAAAGGAGCUACUGCUGGUGUAGGAGUAUAUUGGGGUCCACAUCAUAAAGAUAAUGUAAGUAGAAGUUUAGAUGGUAGACAGACCAACAAUAGAGCUGAAAUACAUGCUGCUAUAAUAGCUAUAGAACAAGCCAAGUCAAAAAAUAUAGAUAAACUUGUGUUAUAUACAGAUAGUGAAUUUCUUAUCAAUAGUAUAACUAAAUGGAUAGAUGGUUGGAAACGAAGAGAUUGGAAACUAAGUACUGGUAAACCUGUUAUAAAUAAAGAGGAUUUUGAGGAAUUAGACAAAGCAUUAGAAGGCAUUAAUGUAAAAUGGGUUUAUGUCAGAGGUCAUUGUGGAAAUCCAGGCAAUGAGGCUGCAGAUAGAUUAGCUAAUGAAGGUGCUAGAUCUAACGUGAAUGGAAAAUGA